AUGCCCAACCUGUACUCGAUCCCCGAACACAACGACACCUCGGAUGCCAGGCGGCCACGAACUCCUGCCCGACCUUCGACUGCAGGCGAAACUUCUACAUAUCGCAUGUAUCCCGAGACUCAAAGGACGAGAACGGAACGCAAAUCGUCCUUGGAAGCACCGCCAAUCCUCAACCGCCCACAGAAACUGUCAGGAACACUGCGAUCCUCCUGGGCAACUGGUCGACUCCAGGGACCUGCGGGAGCUUCAAGGACAAGGAGUUCGUCUUGGGGCAAUGGAUUCAACCAUGACCAAGUCGACCCGUACACUUGGAGAUUGACUUACGUGCAGCCGCCAAAACCUACGUCCGCGCCCAACAUGCGAAGGAGCAGCGCUAGGGUUGGGGACCUGUUUGCUUCGCUGCCAGGCGAGAUCUUGGACGUCAUUCUCCAAAUGCUCAAACAGAUUCACCUCGAAAACGGAAGUGGUAGCUGUGCUACAUGCUGGAUGCGGGACGCCUGCAAUGUUGCGGUUUGUUGCCGAAGGUGGUCCAAGGCUGCACGACUGGCGCUAUACCAAGAUAUUCAACUCGUCGGGCCGGAUUCGGCAGCCCACAAGAAAAAGCUCAAGCUGAUACAGGGGUGUCGCAUGGCCCUGUUACGACGCACCUUGCGAGCCAACGCCGAGAUUGCGUCAAUAGUACGCUCACUACGGGUCCCUUCGCCUGCGAUGACGAUUGGAACGUCGAAUACGAAGGGUUCCACGACGUUUUGGCAGUAUGAAGACAAUGUCGCGGCACUGGUGAUGGCCUGCCCCAACCUUGAGAGGCUGCUGGGGCCAGCAUUCACUUAUGACCAUUCGUUCAAGAGAUUGUUUCAUGCUCUGUCUACGAGGUCAAACCUCAGGGAUAUGAAUUGGCUGAUUGGGUCUCCUUGCUUGACGACACAACAAGCAGGCCCGGCCCCGAGCAAAGACUGUCCUUUUGGGACCAGCAACGAGCUACAGCCUCAUCAAGUCACUACCUUUUUGGAACGACAUCGUGGCUGGACCAGGUUAACGAGCCUUUCCGUGCGGUGUCUAGCUGAGGCAACGCUCGCGCCGCAGACGUUGCUGGCCAAAACUCUCACCCUUCUCCCGUCUCUGCAGCAUCUACACCUGUGCAACUUGGCGCCAAGUGCAUUCAACGACGUGAAUCUCCUGGCCCUGCCCCCGUUGCAAAGUUUGACUCUUUCAAGCAUUCGUGGCAUCUCAUGUAAUGGCCUGUCGUCUUUUGCAACACGAUCUGCCAGCCGGCCUCUUCGACGCCUCCUUCUUCGCCACACACCGCUCACCUCCUUGCCCGCCCUCGCGCGCAUCUUUUCCAACUUGCAGUGCCUGUCGAGCUUUUCGCUGGUACAAACCUUCCCCCCAUUGAUGCCCGAGUCGGAUACGUUUACGCUCUGGAUGAUGCCAUAUUUGGCGUCGACGAGCGUCAAGAAACUGCACUGGGAUAUCACCAGUCAUCCCGAGUGCAGCAACGCCGCAGACGACAUUCUCGCCCGGAGCAUCAAGGCGGGCGGGUUCCCGUCGCUGAAAACGCUACGGGCGCCCAACGACCCCGACGGUCUGUUCCAAGAGCUGUGUCGACCCGUGGAGAGGGUCGACCUGCCGAGUGACCGUCUCCGAACCACGUCCAUGUUGGGAUACGAAAGCCUACCCAGCUCCCCGACAAAGCAUCUCGUCAAAUCACCCACAACGAGCUCUCUGCCUUGCAUCAUGACCGUAAGCCCUCACACCAACCUCGUCCUGGCGCGGCUGGCUGCCCAGGCCCGCCUCGAUCGGUCGCGGGACUCGCACGUGUUUCAAGUCAAUGUCACCGACGAACAAGGCGACUUGGUGGAAACGUUUGGACUUGCAGGGUACAUUGGCACGGUGGGCAGCCAAGUCCACUAUGACCUCCUGCCGGAUGAGGGAUCCAGCGACGACAAGGGCGGCCUCGUUGACGUCCCUGAUUUGCACGACGACCCGGAUGACUGCCUGGCCAUGAGACGGGGAGGAUGCACAGGAAGCUGGAACUGGCGAGAGGGAGUCGUGGCCGACAAGAGAGAAAAGGAACGGUGGUGGCAUACGGAGAGGGCGCGGUGGCGCCAAGUCGAGCUCUGA